AUGCAGUGCGAUGCGCGUCCGAACUGGUCACCAGACGUCGACACCUGUUUGAACGUCCCCGAGUCAAAGGCAAGCGCGGGGGUCCUAGACUUCGAAGCAACGUCACUAGAAGAACCAACCCAAGAAAACCUGAGGAAAAAGAAACAGGAACCCUUAACAGAGGAGAGGAAACAAAGUCAAGAGGCCGAAACUAACUCCAUCGAAACUAUGGGGGUGGAAAUCAUUGAAGAAGUUUAUGACACUACUUCAAACUCAAGCACCAAGAAACCCAAGCUCCGUCUCAAACGUGUCUUCAAACGCCAGAAGAAAAGACAACGUGAUGAGAAAAUACAGUGCAAGGAAAUCACGCCUUCUAGCGAUGCGCGUCCGAACCGGUCACCAGACACCUGUUUGGACGUCCCCGAGUCAAAGUCAAGCGCGGGGGUCCUAGACUUCGAAGCAAGGUCUCUAGAAGAACCAACGCAAGAAAACUUGAGGAAGAUGAAACAAGAACCCUUAACAGAGAAACAAAGCCAAGGGGCGGAAACUAACUCCAUUGAAACUAUGGGGGUGGAAAUCAUUGAAGAAGUUUAUGACACUACUUCAAACUCAAGCACCAAGAAACCCAAGUUGCGUCUCAAACGUGUCUUCAAACGCCAGAAGAAAGGACAAGGUGAUGAGAAAAUACAGGGCAAGGCAAUCACGCCCUUUAGCUAUGCGAGUCCGAACUGGUCACCAGACACCUGUUUGGACGUCCCCGAGUCAAAGUCAAGCGCGGGGGUCCAAGACUUCGAAGCAACGUCUCUUGGAGAACCAACGCAAGAAAACUUGAGGAAGGUGAAACAAGAACCCCUAACAGAAGAGGAGAAACAAAGCCAAGAGGCGGAAACUAACUCAAUCGAAACUAUGGGGGUGGAAAUCAUUGAAGAAGUUUAUGACACUAAUUCAAACUCAAGCACCAAGAAACCCAAGCUCCGUCUCAAACGUGUAUUCAAAGGCAAGAAGAAAGGACAACGUGAUGAGAAAAUACGGUGCAAGGAAAUAUCGCCCUCUAGCGAUGCGCGUCUGAACUGGUCACCAGACACCUGUUUGGACGUCCCCGAGGCAAAGUCAAGCGCGGGGGUCCAAGACUUCGAAGCAACGUCUCUAGAAGAACCAAGGCAAGAAAACUUGAGGAAGAUGAAACAAAAACCCUUAACAGAAGAGGAGAAACAAAGCCAAGAGGCGGAAACUAACUCCAUCGAAACUAUGGGGGUGGAAAUCAUUGAAGAAAUUUAUGACACUAGUUCAACCUCAAGCACCAAUCCUCCUGCACGCGUGGGUGCAACACAGGUACCUGUCGAUGUUGAAGAUAGUCCUAUGGCGACUCUAGACGUGAAAAAGGAACGCAAUAAGAAGAAACGCAAAUGGUUUGUCGUUCGCUUCCGCAAAAAGACAAAAGAAGCAAACGACAGUGAUGCUCGCAAGCAAACCUCCGAGAAAGCACAGAUAGAAACAAUGAGCGAGAAAGAAAAGAGAAGGGAGCUGCUAGAAAGAGGCAAAACAACUGUAAGCCAGGGACGCGACGCUGAGAAAAAGAAACGGGGACUGAAGACUCCAUGGAAGAACGCAAAGCGAAAACGCAAGGAAAAAGACAGUUCCUCUGAAAGCGAAAAUACGGAAGAAAGUUUGAGUCAUGACAUUCAAGACAACCAACCAAGUCGUAAGAAUGGGAAAAGGAAGUGGCCCAGACUGCUUAAGAAGAAGCCUGAGAAAAGGGACAGUGUUCCGGAGGUGGAGGUUGUUGUCAAAACAGAGCAGCCCGGAAACGUCCUUGACCAGCCCAAACAAACCCUGGAAGACCUCCAACGCGAAGUCAAAGAGACACAGGACAUCGUCCGAAACAUCGUGGAGAACAAGUUGGCGGAACGGGACGAGAAACUGCGAGAUCUCACGAGAGUUGCCGAGGACCUGGAGAAAGCUGCCGAGCAGUUCGAGAAAGUGUCGAGAAAAGUUCGCGUCAAGUUGUGGCUGAGAAACAGAAAAUGGACCCUCGGUACAGUUGGUACAGUGCUGAUACUCCUUUCUGUGUGCGCUAUUGUAAUGUGUGUGAUAUUUGUGUAAUCUAAACUUUGUGAACUUUGAACAUAACUAGAAGGGUGACAUUUAGUAAUUGAUAAUUAUAUAAUUGAUAAUCUUCAUUGCAUAUUCAUGCCCGAGGGCUAAAUGCACAAAAGGACCACAUGUGGUCUUAUGGAUGCAGAGGAAAAAACUAAACUUAUACAAUGAUUUUAUACUAGUCUAAAUGGAAAAGGAACUAAGACACAUGUGUUACAAUCUUUAAUGGCUGCAUCUAAACAUGUUCUUCUCUCUUUUUGAAACACAUGGAGACAGUAGUAACAUUAUAGUAACAAAUAUGACAUGUUAGAAUGUUUACCCUGCACAUGUUGUAGUCUAACAUUGACUAGUAUUAUACUUAUUCUUACUCCAACACAUUAAUAUCUGAUGACCUGAGCCCCUCGAGCUCUGGUGUGCUAAGCCAUUUGCAGCAUGAUGUAACCAAACACCCCUGGGUGCCUACUACUUUACCUGUAACCAUGGUGACAGCCUUCUGGUCCAGGUCAUUGACCUUAUUUGUUUGGAGAAGAAGAAGAAACAGUGCAAAAACAAUAUGUUUACCUUCCUUCAAGGUAAACACAAUGAGGAGAGUGUCAGCAAUUCAUUAUGAUUCUCCUACGCAGAGCCUGGCCCUAGCUGACAGCCAAUCAGAGAUGUUUUCUACCGAUUCUCUGAUUGGCUGACGGCUGGUUUUAGAGGCCACGCCCACAAAAGUGGAAACCUCGGCCCAGUUUGAGAAUUCACUUUAAUCUCCAAGCAGAUCCGCGGUGGCGUAAUAUAGUAUCAAACCCACCGGUGCCCAUUUGACUCCCUUUGGCCGGCUAGCUAUACUCCUUGGCCUGCUUUGAUAUUAUCUUAUGGCACCGCAGGAUCUGUUUGGAGAUUAAAUUCACUUGACCUUUGACUGGCUGGUUAGAUAUUCGUGCAAGUAACUGUGUUCUGCAUUGGACUUGUUCACUGCUAUAACAUCCUAGUGUACGCCUAUAUAGCAAACAAAACGGACAAGAGCAAACACAAAACACAUGAAAACGACUCUUGAAAAUACAAUUCAAUUUGAUAUGUAAGUGUUUGCACCAAUAGUAUUUUGGUUAUCAUACUAAUAAUAGAGUUUGACACUUACUCAUUCAAUUUAGAUUGAAUAUUACACUAAUGCUAGCUUUUAGGCAUCAUUAUCGAUUGCGGUCAUAUUUUUAUACUAUGAGUUUCUUUAUUUCACAGUUUAAGGAAACCCAAUACUUAUGUUUCCAUGUUACAUAAUCUUUUAGGCCACGGUACAUAUUCGACACAGAUAUGUUAAAGCACAUUUAUUUUGUAAAUAAAUUCAAAAUAAAUCAUUUC